UGUAACAAAACAUCUCUGCCAGAGGGCUUCUCCAUAUGGUUGUUAACUGAUUUUACCAAAUUCCUUUCCAGUUUUCACACAAACUAAGAGAGGUUUAUCGUCGUGCGGCUGAAACAGGGAGGAUGCCUGUGGAAAGGACGGAGCACCGCGGAGCCGAUGAGCUCUACAGACACUAUGAGGUUUACGAGACUAUCGGCUCAGGAGGCUUUGCCAAAGUCAAGCUGGGUCGGCACAUCCAGACAAGAGAGAAAGUUGCCAUUAAAAUCAUGAAUAAGAAAGAUUUGGGGGAUGACCUGCCCCGUGUAAAGGUGGAGAUUGAGGCCAUGAAGAACCUGAGUCAUCAACACGUUUGUCGUCUUUAUCAGGUCAUAGAGACCUCCACCCAGAUCUUCAUGGUGCUAGAGUAUUGUCCAGGGGGGGAGUUGUUUGAUUACAUCAUAGCAAAGGACCGUCUGUCAGAGGAGGAGACCAGGGUGUUUUUCAGACAGAUUGUGUCUGCGCUGGCCUACGUCCACAGCCAGGGAUAUGCCCACAGAGAUCUAAAACCGGAAAACUUGUUGAUUGAUGAAGACCACAACUUGAAGCUCAUAGACUUUGGCCUUUGUGCCAAACCUAAGGGAGGUCUGGGUUAUGAGCUGAUGACAUGUUGCGGCAGCCCUGCUUAUGCUGCUCCUGAGCUCAUCCAGGGAAAAGCAUAUAUUGGUUCAGAGGCUGAUGUGUGGAGUAUGGGGGUACUGCUGUUCGCUCUUCUCUGUGGAUACCUGCCUUUCGAUGACGACAACUGCAUGGUCCUCUACAGGAAGAUUACAAGAGGUAAAUACGACAACCCCCGGUGGCUCUCUCCAGGUAGUGUUCUCCUCCUCAACCAGAUGAUGCAGGUGGACCCCAAGCGGCGUCUUACUGUUCGACAAAUGCUGGACCAUCCCUGGGUGAUGAAAGACUACAACAGCCCUGUGGAGUGGUACAGCAGGCAGCCGCUUGGACACAUAGAUGAGGACUGUAUCACUGAGAUGGCAGUCAACAUGAAGCGAUCGAGAGAGAGCACCACAGCACUGGUGAAGGAGUGGCGGUAUGACCAGACCACAGCCACCUACCUGCUUCUGCUGUCAAAGAAACGGAGGGGAAAGCCUGUCCGCCUGUACCCUGAGCCAACUGUCUGUGAGGACUCCUGCUCUCCUCUGCACCAGGGACUUCAGUCUAGGGAAGCCCUUCAUUUUAGCGAGGAUGAAGAUGCUGUGAUUGUGGGGUCUUUGGACUUUUGCUCAGAAUACAUUGAUGAUUGUCCGUGGAUUUCAGUCACACAACAUACAUCCCAGGGGGUCAGAGGUCGGCCAGAUGGAAUCGCAAACAACAAAGACACGAGACUGGCAUCUCCGUCAGUGGAGAAAAGAUGUGCUUAUACCACAACUCCAGAGAGGGGGCGAACGAAUGCACAGCACCGCCAGGAGAGGAGAGAAAGAGACCAAAACCGAACCAGUGAGAACAAGGAGAAUAUUGCUGUUCAGGAGAAAGAUGUUGAAAUUUUUGCGUUGCCUCCUCCUCGAACUCCAGUGUCCAGCAAGAAGAAUGCACGCCCCAACAAGAUUGUGUUGACCACACCAAAUCAAAAUGCUAACGUCAUUAGCAGCAAACCCAAUGCAGUGACGCCUAAAGGUGAAGGCAGUGCCUCUAGAGAACACAACAAGAAGAAAACAGCAGAGAACAAGGAGCCUGCAAACACUGAAAUACUGACCUUCAGUCCUGAGAGAAGGUCUCGGUCUUUGGACAUGGCCGUUAUGGGAGACAGUGGGAAGAAGAAGAGAGGAGGGAAGAUGUUUGGUUCUCUGGAGAGAGGUCUUGAUAAGGUGAUCACCAUGCUCACUCCCAGCAAGAGACGAGCCCUGCGUGACGGCCCACGCAAGAUCAAGGCACAAUACAAUGUGACUUUGACUAGUCAGACAAACCCAGACCAGGUGCUUAACCAGAUCCUCUCCAUCCUGCCAGAGAAAAAUGUCGACUUUACACAGAAAGGGUAUACCCUAAAGUGUCAGACCUGGGGCGACUUUGGGAAGGUGACAAUGGCGUUUGAGCUGGAGGUGUGCCUGCUGCAGAGGCCAGAGGUAGUCGGAGUCCGCCGCCAGAGGCUGAAGGGAGACGCUUGGGUCUACAAGCACCUGGUUGAGGAUAUCCUCUCCACAUCCAGUAUUUAAGUAAUGCACUUUUCUGACCAUGUAAUUUCCUGUACAAAGCGGACACUGGCCAGUGACUUGACACCCCUAUCUCAUAUAAAGAUUCUUAGCAUUUAUGAUCGGUCCUUCACAAGGAAUAUUCAAAAUUGUCCUAAGGCCAGCCUGCAAUCCCUAGAGUACAUGUUACAUUGAAUUUAUGAGCAUUGCAUGUCAGGAUCUUUUACACAAUAGCUUGUUUUAUGUAGAUUGUUGUUUUACUUUCCUUUUUCAUAAUAAUUAAGCUAAAUAGGAUCAGUCAAUCCUCUUGAGAUGAAUGUGUGCGUGUGUGAAAUGUAUUUAUAGUAUACCUUCUGGCUGCUUAUUACCAUAUUUAUGUCAUGAUGUUGUUAUUCUCCCCUGGAGGUGCAAAACUUGAUGUAAUAACAAAUAAGCAGAGGAUUACUAAUUUACUGUCAUUGUUUUUUUAUGUAUGUGUUAACAGUUAUUCCAUCAUGUUUUUACGUGGUUAUAUGAAGUGUCUGCUUCUAUUUCUUAUUGGUGCUUUUCUUGUUUUCAUUGUCUGUCACAUUGUGUCUGUAAGAUUUUUACUGACGGUGUAAAAGGAGCAAAAAUAAAUGAUUUCUGCUAAGUGUAACAUGCCUGUAUUUAUGGAGACAGAUGAUUGAGGUGGAUUUGGGGACUUGGUUGACAACAUUUGUUUUUACAUUCAUGUGGCAGAUUGAUGGAGCAGUGGUGUGUUUAACACUCUGUCAUCAUCCUUAUGUUCAUCUUAUAGUCUUCACUCCUCUUCAGUAAAGAGAUUGAUGGUGAUAGUUUGUCUUAGUGACAGUGUUUCUAAGCAUUUACCACCAAUAAAAUGA